GGCGGAGACUCUGCAGUCCUCCUCCUGAGUCUCAGCCUCAAACAUCCUCACAGUCCCUGGCUGGGUCCACUGGGCGUUUCUUUUCUGUCUUUUUUGAAUCUGUCACCUCGGCAGAAGGCAGGUGGACAAACAUGGCCGGAGCACCGAAGCGGCAGGACACCCGGAAAUUCUUCGAGAAUCUGUCCGGAGCUGGGAAAUGCAUCGCGGUGCUGACCAGCGGAGGAGAUGCCCAAGGAAUGAACGCAGCCGUCCGGGCCGUCGUCCGGAUGGGAAUCUACGUCGGAGCGAAAGUCUACUUCAUCCAUGAGGGCUACCAGGGAAUGGUGGACGGUGGAGACAACAUCAAGGAGGCGACGUGGGAAAGCGUCUCCAGCAUGCUGCAAGUGGGAGGUACAGUCAUCGGCAGCGCUCGCUGUAAAGAGUUUCGGACCCACGAAGGCCGCCUUAAGGCUGCUCACAACCUGGUGCAGCGCAGCAUCACCAACCUGUGUGUGAUUGGUGGAGACGGCAGCCUUACCGGAGCCAACCUGUUCAGGGAGGAGUGGAGUGGACUGUUGACGGAGCUGCAGCAGCAAGGUUUGAUUGAUGAGGAAGCCGCACAGAAGAACUCUGCGCUCCACAUUGUCGGGAUGGUCGGCUCCAUUGACAACGACUUCUGCGGCACCGACAUGACCAUCGGCACUGACUCGGCUCUGCACCGGAUCAUUGAGGUGGUAGACGCCAUCAUGACCACUGCUCAGAGCCACCAGAGGACGUUUGUGCUGGAGGUCAUGGGCAGACACUGCGGAUAUCUGGCCCUGGUGAGCGCCCUGGCAUGUGGAGCCGACUGGGUUUUCAUCCCAGAAAUGCCUCCUGAAGAUGGCUGGGAGGACAGCAUGUGUCAGAAACUGUCUGAGAACCGCGCCGAUAAGAAAAGGCUGAACAUUAUUAUUGUAGCCGAGGGCGCCAUAGAUUCCCACACAACAAUAACUCCCGAUUAUAUCAAGGAUCUGGUGGUGCGCUGCCUCGGCUUCGACACGAGGGUCACCAUCCUCGGCCAUGUGCAGAGAGGCGGGACGCCCUCGGCCUUUGACAGGAUCCUGGCCAGUCGGAUGGGCGUGGAGGCGGUGUUGGCGCUGCUGGAGGCGUCGGCCAACACGCCGGCCUGCGUCGUGUCUCUGGUCGGCAACCAGGCCGUCCGGCUGCCGCUGAUGGAAUGUGUUCAGAUGACCCAAGAAGUCCAGAAGGCCAUGGACGAGAAGAAGUUUGAGGAGGCGGUCAGGCUGCGUGGCAGGAGCUUUGAAAACAACCUGAGCACCUACAGACUGCUCUCCUAUCGCAAAGCCGACUCUGAGCUUCCAAAUAGCUCCUUUAACGUGGCCGUGCUGAACGUCGGUGCCCCAGCAGCAGGUAUGAACGCCGCUGUUCGCUCAGCCGUCAGAGUGGGAAUCACUGAGGGCCACAAAAUGUUUGCUGUCAACGACGGCUUCGAGGGAUUCUACAAGGGACAGAUUAAGGAGAUCAAAUGGGGAGAUGUUGGCGGUUGGACCGGUCAGGGAGGAUCUCUGCUUGGGACAAAAAGAACUCUUCCAGGAAAACAUCUGGAUAAGAUCGCUGAGCAGAUCAGGAUCCAUAACAUCAACGCUCUGCUUGUGAUCGGAGGAUUUGAGGCCUUUGAGUCGCUGCUGCAGCUGUACGAGGCCCGAGCCAACUACGAGGAGCUUUGCAUCCCGAUGUGCAUGCUGCCCGCCACCAUUAGUAACAAUGUGCCCGGCACCGACCUCAGUAUCGGAGCCGACACGUCCCUCAACGCCAUCGUGGAGACGUGUGAUCGCAUCAAGCAGUCGGCCAGCGGCACCAAGCGGCGGGUCUUCAUCAUCGAGACCAUGGGGGGCUACUGUGGCUACCUGGCCACAGUGGGCGGUCUGGCUGCCGGCGCCGACACCGUCUACAUCUACGAGGAGGCGUUCGACAUCCGUGACCUCCAGGCCAACGUGGAGCAUCUGACGCAGAAGAUGAAGACGAGCAUCCAGAGGGGUUUGGUGCUCAGAAACGAGAACUGCAACGAGAACUUCACCACUGACUUCAUCUACCAGCUGUACUCUGAGGAGGGACGAGGAGUCUUUGACUGCAGGAAGAACAUCCUCGGUCAUAUGCAGCAGGGAGGAGCUCCGUCUCCAUUUGAUAGAAACUUUGGUACGAAAGUUGCUGCUAAAGCGAUGCAGUGGAUCACACGGACGCUCAAGGACUCUUACAAAGGAGGGAGGGUCUUUGCUAACUCAGAGGACACAGCCUGCCUGUUGGGGAUGCGUCGCAGAGCUCUGGUCUUUCAGCCGGUUUCACAGCUCCGGGAUGAGACAGACUUUGUCCACAGGAUCCCGAAGGAGCAGUGGUGGCUGAAGCUCCGUCCCCUGAUGAAAAUCUUGGCCAAGUACAAGACGAGCUACGACGUGUCCGACUCCGGCCAACUGGAACACGUGAGCCGGUUCCGGGCCAAGGAGAGCAACACCACGGCGACCAUCUGAACCGCCGCUCUGGCUGCUGGCAGAGCUUCACUCCAAACAGGAAAGCAGCUUCACGAAACGGUGACUGCUACUCACUAUGACUGAACGACCACUGAUUGACUGCAAACACAAGGUAGAUUUUAAAAGACAGUAGGUCAUUUUAACAAGAUUCAAAAAGAAGUUCUAUUGUACGGUUUUAGUUACGGCACUUUCUCAGAAGGGAUUUUAGAUGGUAAAUCUAAUGGUGGUGAUUUGGAAUAUAACUCUAGUUUAAACAAGCUAGCAGCACUGACAUUGUAUUUUCAAAUUCCCUAAAGUUAUUAUAAAGCUUAUAAAUAGAAAUGUAUAACAGCACUCCUUAUGUACUGUAUAAGUGUUUUAGUCCCAAAAUGUAGCCCUAUCUAUUUUUCUUUUUAAAGACACCUAGCUGAGCAACUGUCUAGGUGAUAUAUUUAAAGUGUAGCUUUGAUGACUUUUAUUUUCUACAGCACUUUGACUUCCAUAACUACUGUAAACCUGUGAAGCUGCCUAUAAAGAGGGAAUAUAUACCAGGAGGGUCACUGGCUUUGUUCGCACCUUGAAAAACGUCUAAUAACUUGAUUGUACGACACCGAACACUUGAAAGCAGUUUAGUGAGGCUUUGUAAGACGAUUCCAUUUGUGCGUUCCGUCACCUGCUAACUGUACGUAGGAGCGCGUUUGUUUGUGUUGUGUUGUUGCCUUUGCUGUUUGUGUCCACCCUGGGAUUUUGUGUGUAACAUCUUUAUAGUGGUUGUUUGUCAGUAGGGUCCUGCCAGCUGUUGAAAUUACGCAAUAGUGACGUUAUAUGCUGGCAGUGUGAUGUGAGCGUCCUAUCAGAGUAAUAAAGCAUUUACUGUGUGGAAA